UCCAUUCCUUUGCAUGGAGCACAAACUCUGACACAAUGUGGCUCAUUGUGGCAGUUUUUGGUGUGGUUUUAGCCACAGUCGUAUUGAAGUAUGCGUUCCGCUCCUCCGGACCGAAUCCCUUCGCGACGGAUUCUCGCGAACCGCUGAAGAAGAUGGUUUUCGACAAGAAGGAGAAAAACAAAGUGCUGAAGCAAGGUUUCCCGGCCAGCAAGGUGCCAGAAAACUUGGACGCCAUCAUCAUCGGCAGUGGGAUUGGCGGUCUUGGGCUCGGCGUGCUGCUCGCCAAAGUCGGAAAGAAGGUUUUGGUUCUGGAGCAGCACAAUCGAGCCGGCGGUUGCUGCCACACGUUCACAAAGAAGGGCUUCGAGUUCGACGUUGGAAUCCACUACAUUGGCGACCUGCUGGAUCACAAGCCGUUCCGCUGCAUGCUGGACCAGCUGACCAACGGGCAGCUGCAGUGGGAGCCUCUGGACAACCCGUUCGACCAGGUGGUGCUGGGACCGCCAGAAAACCGCCGCCGGUACCCCAUCUACAGCGGCAGGACUCGCUUCCCCGAGGAGCUGAAGAAGUGUUUCCCUGGAGAGGAAAAGGCCAUCGACGAAUACAUGAGGCUGGUCAAGAAAGCUGGACGUGGUAUUUGGCUCCUGGGUGUGCUGAAGCUUUGCCCCGUCCCCCUGGCCAAAUUCCUGGCCUACACCGGGCUCACCAAGCACCUGUCCUUCUUUUUCAAAAUGGCCCCGCGCAGCCUGACCGAGGUCGUCAAUGAGCUGACGGACAACAAGGACCUCAGGGCCGUCUUCGCCUACAUCUUUGGGCUCUACGGAAACGCCCCAAAAGACGCCAGCUUCGCCAUGCACAGCCUGCUGGUCAGUCAUUACCUGAACGGCGCCUGGUACCCGAAAGGCGGGGCGAGUGAGAUCGCCUACCACAUGAUCCCCAUCAUCGAACAGGCAGGCGGCGCCGUUUUGGUGCGAGCCCCCGUCAACCGCAUCCUCUUCAACGAAGCCCAGGAGGCCUGCGGCGUUAGCGUCAUGAAAGGCCAGGAGGAAGUCCACAUCCACGCCCCGAUGGUCAUCUCCAACGCCGGCAUCUUCAACACCUACCAGAAGAUGCUGCCCAAAGAGCUCCAGGCCAUGCCAGCCAUCCAGCAGCAGCUGGGGAUGAUGAAGAACGGUGAGGGAGGCCUCAGCAUCUUCGUGGGUCUGAACGGCACCAAGGAGGAGCUGGGCCUUAAAGCAGAAAACUACUGGAUCUUCUCUGAGAACAACUUCGACGAGCUGAUGGAUGAAUACUCAAAAGGAAAGAGGGAGGAGUCCUCCAAAAAAAUCCCUCUGCUGUUUGUGGCCUCGCCGUCGGCCAAAGAUCCCACCUGGGAGGAGAGGUCUCCAGGAAAGUCCACUCUGAGCGUGGUCAGUUUUGCCAAUUACUCCUGGUUUGAGGAGUGGAAGGACGGAAAGGUGACCAACAGAGGGCCCGACUACAAAGAGCUGAAGCAGGCGUUCAUCGACACCGUCCUGGACGUGGUUCUGGACGUUUUCCCCAAGAUCACCAGAGACAAGAUCGAGUACAUCGACGCUGGCACCCCCAUCACACACACACACUACAUCGGUGCCCCCAAAGGCGAGAUCUACGGAGCGGAUCACGGCCUGGCGCGGUUCAGUCCUGAGCUGAACGCCACCGUCAGGCCCCAAACGCCGCUGAAGAACCUCUACCUGACAGGUCAGGACGUGUUCGUGUGCGGCUUCGCCGGCGCCCUCGCCGGAGCGCUCUCCUGCGGCUCGGUCAUUCUUGACCGCAACCUCCAUCUGGACACCAUGGCACUGGCAAAGAGAAUGAAGUUUAUGAAGAGUAAACAAAAAGGAGAGUAGCCGCUCAACAUUCAGGAUAGACUCUACCGAGCCAUUUGAUCUGAUGUCACUAACAGUCCAGUGAUUCAGACAGAAAGUGGAUUAUUCCUGACAGACUGCUUCACUUUGGUUAACUUGUCUGGUUACUAUUGCAUUGGCUCGAAUAUAGAAUGAUAUUUUCCUUCCAGAAAUUGUAUUCUCAAAACUGGGGUUGUACUAUAAUCAAAGAUUAGAUUGUCGUUACACAUCCGCGCCGCUAGAUGGAGCCAAAGUACUGGUGCCCAGGAAGCGAAUGGCGCAUCGCAGUGAUCUGAUGAAAAAUGGAGGAACGUGACAAUCUGGAACGAAGGAGCUGGAACUCUAGACAAGUGAGCAAAACAGCAGAGGCGAAGCUUUGAUGCCAACUUUAAACUGAUGGGAAUCAACGCAGCGGAGUCAACAAACAGCUGCCAAGUGGCCAAGAUAUAUUGGACUGAAUUGUUAAUUUUCAUGAAGUUGAAUAGAACUUGAAUUUGAUGGUUAUAAAGUUAUUUACAUCAUGAAUGCAGUUAUUGAAACUUUGAGGCUACUUAAUUGUUGCUUGUUUUGAGAAAGAGAAUGU